GCAGAAGAAGGAUCUAUUGUUAUCAUUGAUAAUAUGAACGAUGAAAAGACUCUAAUCGAAUGUUUACAGAUUGGACCAAUUCGAGCUACAUUACAAUCUGGCGAUCUGGAGAAGAAAAAGACGACCCUAAAUCUCUUGGAGAAGAUGACCAAAUUCGGUUCUUGUGGUCCAGCUUUAGUACCAUAUUAUCGACAGUUUCUUUCACCACUGCGAAAUCUUAGAUAUUCUGGAUUGAAGACAGACAUUGAAUAUCGAUUUGGGAAAACAGCUGAAAAUAUUAUUGGAACUUUUCUGAACACAUUGGAAAGAACUGGAGGAGAAAACGCUUUUAUAAAUAUCAAAUAUAUUAUUCCAACAUACGAAAGUUGUACUGGAGCAAGAUAA